AUGACAAGUCAACCACAGGGCAAACUCAACCUCAAGAGCAAACUCCAAUCUUUUAGAGGUGAACUCAAGUCCAGCCGCUCGCACUCGCACUCACACUCGAAUCGCACUGACAAUUUAACCGGAAGCAAAUCGGCAAACACCUCGCCUUUGCUCUGGCAAGCAAGCCAAUUCUCAAACUCCGUCACCGACUUGAGUCCUCGAUCACCAACCGCAAUGCAGCGCACGCGGUCGCUCUCCAACUCGCUCAUCAGGAUCCAUAGCCACAGGUCCAAGACCACGAAACCGGUAUACGACGAAGUCUACCUCGGCAAGACGACCGCUUUCGACUACGCUUAUAUCGGCAUGGACCACGACCAUGAUCACUAUCGUAAACAGACGCAGGAUUUCGCAAGCGGUGACCACCACGACCAUCAUCACCAUCACCAUGAUCAUGAUCAAGAUCACGAAUGCCGCCAUCAUCACGACGACCAAUUCCAUUUCCAUGAAGAGACCAUCAUACCGCCCUUGCCCGAUAUCCACGAUUUCAACUCUGUAUGCUCUACUACAACCCACUCCAAGAACAGCUCGAUUUGCAGCGACGACCAUUUCAAGCAUGGCCAUGCGCGUCGGUAUGGUCUGAGGCGCGGCUACGGUGAUAUUGAUGACGAUGAUGACGACGUGGAUGAAAUGUUGGCGCAUCGCAUCUUGAGUGCUGUUAGCAAGUCUGAUAUUUCGUGGGAUAUUUGA